AUUGACAUUUCAUUAAACCAAAAGAAAGAGUAUUGAUUAUUUUCAUAAGGAAGUAUAUUUAUGCUUGUUCUAAUGAAAUUGAUACUUCUUCUAGCCUUAUUUAAUCUGGCCAUGGGGGAGAAGUCCGUGAAAUGCCCUUCUGCGUAUCGGAGAUUUAGUACAAAGCAUACGUUCUGCAUCAAACCAAAUUCAACUUGUGACAAACAAUCUUCUGGCGUCAGAAAGAAGGAUAAAAUUGUUAUUGUAAAAUUUCACAAUAAAUUCAGAAGCGAUAUUGCGAUGGCAAAGGAAACCAGAUCUAAAAGUGGUACUCUUCCUGAAGCAGCUGAUAUGCUUCAAAUGGUUUGGGACGACGAACUCGCGGCUAUUGCACAGAAAUGGGCAGAUAACUGUGAGUUUCAACACGACUGUCCAGAGUGCCGUAUGGUUGAAAGUUUCAGAGUAGGACAAAAUAUUGCUAGAGAUACGUCGUCAUGUCCUAGCAAAGAAUGCUCAAAACAGGAAAAAAAGAAGUUAUAUAAACCUGACUGGAAAAACGUAAUAAGACGUCACUACGAUGAAGUGAAAGAUUUUAAAAAGGAUUGGAUUAUGAGUUAUGAUGGAAAAUUCACUGGUGUUGGUCAUUUUACACAGGUCGUAUGGUCUAGAUCUUGGAGAGUUGGAUGCGGUUACACAGUUUACAAAGUAGCCGACAAAUAUAACAAGUUUUAUGUUUGCAAUUAUGGACCUGGAGGAAACGUUCAGGGUGAACCUUUAUACAAGAUGGGAAAACCUUGCUCGGCUUGUCCAACUAAUACCUGUUGCGGAAAAUCUUGCGGGAAAAAAGUGGAUUAUCCUGGAUUAUGUAAAAUGAAAGACCCUAAGAAGGCACCAACUUAUCCAAGAAAAACCGACGACCUACUUUUCUUCUGUGAUGCUGUACCGGAGACAAAAGCCUGCGCCUUGCAAGUCAAUAGCACAAGAAAACUUGAAAACAAAGUCACGUUAUCUGGAAACUAUUACACCAUAAAAUUGAGAAAAGGACAAGUGGCAAAUAUAACAUUUAAAAAAGAAUUCAGCCCUAAAGGCGACUUCUGCGUAAGAAUAAUCUACCGAAAGACUGCAUCGAAAGCUGAAGUACCGGAUCAAAGUGAUGCAGAAAUUGAAAUAUUUAAUGGUAACGGAGUCAUCCAAAAGAAACUUAAAACAACUAAGUUAGAAUUUCUUCCUUAUCAAAUCAGCCUCAACUGGAAAACGAAGACCAAAGUUUCAAUCAUCUUUUCUGUCAAAUCAAGUAAAAGAUCUCACAUUUUCGAUCUAAAAGAAGUAUUGGCACAUGAUGGGAAAUGUGGUACAAAGGAUAUAUGAAAACUUCCAAGUACUCUGAUCUCAUUUUAAAA